CUAUGUUAAACGUAGACUAAGAUGCGUGGUAAACCAAGUUGACUUUAUUGCAGUUCUGUUUUUGAACCACUAGAUGUCACUAAAGGUCUAACUGAAAUACAUUGAAAGCUACAUAAACUGACGCCUCCAUCCUCAAUAAUGAAUGCCACCACGCAUAAUUAAGCUAUAAAAACGUGCGGCAGUUUUUCCCCAGGAUAAAAGGAGGAAACUAGAUCAUUUCUCUGUGUGAAUUAAUAUUCUGUGCACACUAAGGACCAGUAAACUAUUCACAAACAACUAGAUCUGGACAAAAACACAUUCUGGUCUCAUGAGGAGCCAAAUAUGGCCCUAACAUCGCCACAUUCAGGGUUGCUUCGCGAGCAGAUGCCAGACGGUUUAGGAAGAAGCCCAGCAUGAGUCGUGCCAGAAGAACCUAAUCUGGACUGGGCAACAAGCGCAAGGGACUGCAGGAGACUGUAAAGAACAGCACCGGUCCAAUGUGUGCCUCCACAGGGCCAAAAGAGAGGGUACGACCCAUUUAACCCAUGCCAAAGAUUUCACUCGUGCCAGAUAUACCACAUCCACCUUCCUACCAGAUCAGGUUUGCGCAAUCGCUUUGUGAUGGAGUCACAGACACACACAAGUGGUACGCAGCUCGAGGCACACGCCAGAUGAUCAGGGGAGGAAUACAGGUCCCCCGGGACCCGGUCACGUGACCAACCCAUGCCACGUGACGUCAGCGGCAGAUGGCAUGGGUACCAGCUCUGGCAGUUGGCAUCAGUGUCAUUUCUCUUAGCGCGAGACAAGGAGAACAGUGGGGAGGUGAGAAAAACGCACGAGCUGUUCACCUGCUAAAACACCACACGGAAAAAAAAGUUCACAAUAGGAAAUAUGAAAAUUGUCAUCUGACACCAUCAUAAUCCAGGUAAGCUGGAUCGUUCGAGGUUAGAGCACAAUGCUGACUCUUCCAUUUGAGGAUCCUGUCAUGAUGGACACUCAAUUCGGGGCAAACUUUCCACGGGACUGCGUGGGUGAAAUGAAGGUCAAUAAACAAGAGCCAUUUAAAAAGGAGGACACGCUCUCCCACACGAUGGAGGACGAGGAUUCGGAGAAGGAUGAGGAUGAACGGGAGGACGGACAGGAUGAGAACGGUCUGCCUCGGAGGAGAGGGCCUCGGAAAAAGAAAAUGACCAAAGCCAGGGUGGACCGGGUCAAGAUGAGGCGCAUGGAGGCCAACACCAGGGAGAGGAACCGAAUGCACGGUCUGAACAACGCCCUGGACAGCCUGCGUAAGGUGGUGCCCUGCUACUCCAAAACCCAGAAACUGUCGAAAAUUGAAACCCUGCGGCUGGCCAAGAACUACAUCUGGGCGCUUUCCGAGAUCCUGAGCACCGGGAAGAGGCCUGACCUCUUGACCUUCGUUCAGACCCUGUGCAAAGGGCUCUCGCAGCCCACCACCAACUUAGUGGCCGGAUGCCUGCAGCUGAACGCCAGGAACUUCAUCACGGAUCAGAUCAACAGCGAGGCGUCUUUCUCCGGCAGGUCGCCGUACGAAUCCGUGUACACGACCUACCACAGUCCGGGUGUGGUGACGCCCUCUGGACCCUCGGUAGAUGCGGUCAAACCCUUCAGGCCGUUCAACUACUGCAGCUCCUAUGAGACUUUCUACGAAAGCGUCUCGCCGGAAUGCGGAAGCCCUCAGUUCGAAGGUCCCUUAAGCCCGCCUAUUAACUUUAACGGGAUCUUUUCCCUCAAGCACGAGGAGCAGGUCGAAUACGGCAAGAGCUGCCACUACGGAACGCGCUAUUGCGCCGUGCCUCCGCGCUCCUCCAUCAGCCAGACCGCGAGAGGCUCCUCGGAUCUCCAUUUCCCAUAUGACAUUCACCUCCGCGGCCAGUUUUACCCCGUGCAAGACGAAUUAAACACUUUUCAUAAUUAAUGAGAGAAAGUCAAACGUGAGUGAAAAGGACUGAAAAUGCAGGACUUUCAAUCGCACAUGCAUUAUUUAUAAAGUCCAUCUCUGAUUUGGGUUUUAAGCCAUCGGAUGUUUUAUUAUUUAUCCUUUUUAAUUAAAUGGAAAACGUGCUUACUGUGUUCCUAAUUAUGAUUUUAAACUGUUCGACAAAAUAUGUGGUCUGAUGGAAAAACAAUCCACAAACGAUAACAAUGUGUUUUACGCAGAGUUUCUCCUUUAUUUUCGGUUUAAUUUAAUGGCAUGUGUGAGUAUUUAUAGAUCUAAAAUCUGUCACUAUAAGGUCUCUUGCUCCAAAAGGCAUCUUUUAAUUAUAAGGUCAUUUGAAUAUUUGCGAUGAAAAUUCAGUAAAAUAGGAGAGCAAUAAUUGCUAAGGGUGCUAUGCAAUACACAAGUCUAUAAUUUUCGAUCUGGCCAUUUAUGUAUCCACUUAAUUUGUCUAAACAAUGUUCGCACAAAAUUUUAAAUAUUGGUGUUAAAAAGAUUUAAUUGCUCAUCAUUUUGUAAUACAUAAAUGUGUUUAUUCGUUUAUGAGAAGUAACAUUAAAAAAAACCGUAAGAACAUGAAUUGUAAUUAUUUCCUUUGAAUCAAAAUGUCAUAUUUACGAAAGUUUCGUGAUGUAUUACACAGGGCACUAUUUAAAUGUUGGUAAAAAGUUAUUCAACAAUUGCCUAUUAUUAUUAUUAUUAUUUGCAAUAAUAGUAAUAAUAUGUUAAAGACCACCACGAAGAGGCAAUUAUUGAAUCAAUUUGUUUUCCUAUAGAAGAUGAUAUAUUUAAAAGAUACAGGCUAUAGGCUAUGGAUGUAAUUCUGAAAAACGAAAUAAUAACGGUAUUUUAUUAAUUUGUUUCAUUAAUUUCAAUUUGUGUAAUUUAACUUUAGAAAUGUGGACAAUCGAGUUUUAAGCACCCUCUUAAUUUCCAAAUAUUUCAAAUAUCUCACAUUUGUCUAUAUGCGCAUCAUUUUCAAAAGUAUGUUAAAGGAAUAUCACAACACGAUGGUGUAAUUAUGCAACAGAUUGUUUGACAGUUCUGUAUUUUCUCAAAUGUAAAGUCGUCGAUAUAUUGGUGAUAUUGCGUACAAUCUCGGAACAAUCACUGUAAGCAAAUGCAUUUGAAGCAUGUAAAAUCUCUAUGGAAAGGUCUGUGUGCUGUCUAGUGAACUCAUGUCUCGGGAAAACCUGCCUUAAUAUAUUUGUCACGCAUCAUUUAUGCAAUGUCAUGGAUGUCUGCAGUGGUGGAUUCGUGCAUUCUGAUUUUUAUCAUCAAACAGGAUUUUUUGUGUGUGUGCAAAAAUGACUUGAAUGCACUGAAACUGGUCUUUGUACACUGUCGAGCUGUUUUGUACAGUAAAAUAAAGUUUAAUUGAAUACAA